CACGCGUGCGUCGCACCACCCUAUAUAGCCUCCGCCUCGCGUCUCACCCCUCCCAUCACCGGUAUCGAAAUCCAUCCAUCCAUCCAAAGCAGCGGAAGAAGAAGAAAAGGAAAAGAGAAAAAUCCAUCCGGAAGCGCGAGCAAAGGCCAAGGCAGCUUUGCGUGCGAGGCGAGGCGAGGCCGCUCCGAUUCGACAGACGCAGGGCAGGGAUGGACGCCUUCUACUCGACCUCGUCGGCGGCGGCGAGCGGAUGGGGCUACGACUCGCUCAAGAACUUCCGCGAGAUCUCCCCCGCCGUGCAGUCCCACCUCAAGCUCGUUUACCUGACCCUAUGCUUUGCCCUGGCCUCAUCUGCCGUGGGUGCUUACCUGCACAUUGCCCUGAACAUCGGUGGGAUGCUGACAAUGCUUGCGUGUAUCGGAACCAUUGCCUGGAUGUUCUCUGUGCCAGUCUAUGAGGAGAGGAAGAGGUUUGGGCUGCUGAUGGGUGCAGCCCUCCUGGAAGGGGCUUCGGUUGGACCUCUGAUUGAGCUUGCCAUAGACUUUGACCCAAGCAUCCUCGUGACAGGGUUUGUUGGAACCGCCAUCGCCUUUGGGUGCUUCUCUGGCGCCGCCAUCAUCGCCAAGCGCAGGGAGUACCUGUACCUCGGUGGCCUGCUCUCCUCCGGCCUGUCGAUCCUGCUCUGGCUGCAGUUUGCCACGUCCAUCUUUGGCCACUCCUCUGGCAGCUUCAUGUUUGAGGUUUACUUUGGCCUGUUGAUCUUUCUGGGAUACAUGGUGUACGACACGCAGGAGAUCAUCGAGAGGGCACACCACGGCGACAUGGACUACAUCAAGCACGCGCUCACCCUCUUCACCGACUUUGUCGCCGUCCUCGUCCGGAUCCUCAUCAUCAUGCUCAAGAACGCAGGCGACAAGUCGGAGGACAAGAAGAAGAGGAAGAGGAGGUCCUGAACGUGUUGUCCUCUGCACAUCGUAGAUACCAUCACCGCCGCCGCCGCUACUGGUACCACCUCCACUGCUAAGUACUUGUAGGAAUUAAGCUGGCGCAGUAACUUGUCGCCGUGCCACCCUUGUUAAUUCGCGAUCUGUGUCGUGUGAACCUUGUGUGAGUUUGCUGCUGCUGAUGAAGCUUUUGCAGACGCUGUCUGCGUUCCGGAUCUCUUGCGUUCCUGUUACUGUCUCGAUAAUCGAAACCUGAGACGAUUUGGUUUGGUUGCGAAGAACAUGGCUACGCUUGAUUGUGGCUCGUUGGUUUUAACCUUGUGAUGUGUCUCAUUUCUUUUGAACAAAUUGUCCAACA